AUGCCCUCUCUUGAGCGGGAAAGCGCCUCGGCGGGACCUCGGGGCCGCAAAGCCUCGGUCAAUGGCUCAGGUACUCCAUCUCACGCCGUCCCGGCUCCCUUGCCCCCAAUCCCCGCCGCCAAAGCCACCCCUCAGGCAAAGCCACAACAGCUAUGGCAGCAGCGUAUCUAUGUCGGAACCAUGCAGCAGUACGUCGUCGUCGAAAUUGGACCUACGUCCAGUGCAGGGGAAGUCCUGCAGCUCGUCGACGCGCAGGGUGCCUUGGCGGGCGGUGCUGGUGAGGGUGGCUAUAUGUUGUGGGAGGUCGCUCAGGACUUCGGCAUGGAGCGUCCUAUCCGCAGUUACGAGCAGCUGGCUGAUAUCUGCAACGCCUGGCACUCGGACAAGAUGCUGCUCAACUUCUUGGUCAUCAAGAGGACACUGUUGUCGUCGCCCCUGAGCCGUUCGAACUUGCCGCGCAGCUCUCCGAUCCACAACGGAUCCGUCCAGUACGAGUACAAGCGUGGCAAAUGGCAGAAGCGAUGGAUGGAAUUGCGAGAGCACAGCCUAUGGUUGUCGAAGCGGGAGGGUGGGAAAGAUUCCACAUUCCUGUGCUCGCUGAACAACUUCGACGCCUUCUACAUGAUCCGGCCAUACAAGGGUGCUAGCACGAAGGGUUACUCCUGGGCCGUGAAAUCCACGGAUAGUCUGACGUUCUUCGAGAACACCUCGGACUACGUGCACGUCUUCCACUCGAACACUGAGGCAGAAGGCAAGGCCUGGAUAGAGAAGAUCCUUCUCGCUCGUUCAUACGUCCUCUACCAAGAGCGGAACGUCAUCUCCACGUCUGCUGGAUCGGCAUUGGCUCGGACGACCACCCGUGCUGGUCAACGACCCGCGCAAACGCUCGUCAACGUCGGUGCGCCAAAGGCAGAAGGUCCAACCGUGGCUCCUCUCGGGUUUGAGCCCGGAUCUCUGCUGGCCAAGCGGCUACCGGUGUGA